CGUUGCGCAGGCGUACUAGCUUGCUUCCUUUACGGUAGCAGCUCCUUCCCCCGAAACUAUCAUGGCGACUGGAUUUGAAAGCGAGCGGGUCUUAGCGGCGCGUAAGGAAGAGAAGCGUCGCCAGCGCGAGGCGCUGCUGCAGCAGGCAAAAGCUAAUUAUGAAAAAGAUGAAAGACGCAGGGAACUGAAGCGAUUGCGAGGGGAAGAUACUUGGAUGCUGAAUGAUGUGAACGAGCGUUUAGAAAAAAUGAAAAAGGAACAUUCUGUUACAGAGAAGAAGAAGCAUUCAAAAAAACAUAAAAGGGAAAAGAAGAAGAAAACAACUAAAAGAGAAAAAAAAGAUGAUUUAUCUGAUACUAGCUCUGGUUCUUCAGAAGAAUGGGUAGAAGUGCCUGUUGCACAGUCUUCUAUCACUGAGCAGUCUUGGAAGCUAAAGAAGGAAGAACAAUUUGAAGAAGAAACAGAAAAAAAUCCUACAUCAAUUCAGAGGGAUGAAUGGAUGACUUUAGAUUUUAUGUCUGUAAAAACACUGUCUUCAGCAUCACUGAAAGCUGAAAAGGAGAAAGAAAAAAUAUUGAAGCAACAGAAGGCCCAGGAAAAUGAACAGCUGCUGCUUUCAGAAAGAGAGCUGAACCCAUAUUGGAAAGAUGGUGGUACAGGCUUACCAUCAGAAGUAUCAGCAUCAGUGAAAGCAACAACAGUAGAAGAUGGUGGAUUAAGCUGGCUAAAGAAAUCCUAUCAGAGAAUGAAGGAUCAGUCUGAGAGAGAAAAACGAGACUUGGAAGAAAUUGUAGCUGAAAGAUAUGGGUCAGUGGAGCUAUUUCAGUCCAAGUUAAGAGAAGCUGAGACAGCUGCAGUCCAAAAAGAAAGUGAUACAAGGGACUGGCGAAAAUGCAGAUAUAUGGAAAGCAAACGUACUUCAAGAAAUGGCAGAGAGAAGCAGGAGGAAAACAACCUAGAAAGGUUUUCACAUAAAGAACAACUUAAAGAGGAGUAUAAUAAAGUAUGUUCUGAGGAGCCGAAAAAUUACAGAGGAAGUGAACGGAUGGAAACCAAAAAAUCAAGGCCAAGUAAUAAAGAAUCUGCAGUAGCAGACUGGACUUGUACAAUCAGAAAAGAUCCUCAUCAAUUAAAUCAUUAUGAGAAACCUUUCUCAAGCUCUAUGAAAGCUGUGUUUCUGAAACCAAGCAGUGAGGGUGAUGAAGGAGGCAGACGGCCGAGAACGUCAUCCCAAUUAUUGACUUCUAGUUUUAUGAAUUGUGGUUUCCGGAAACCUUUUGAUGAUGCUGAUGUGACCCCAAGAUGGCGCAAAGCACAACCUAAGGAUGAAAUUGGAAAAGCAAUUCUAAAUGAAAAAUCAUCUGAAAUGAAUAAGGCUGUUACCAGGAAGGAGGAAGAGCCAAAGGAGAAAGGGGAGCAGAUCUCAGAAACUGCAGUGGAAGAAAAGGAGCUGGUGGAGAGUAAACCAUCAUGUUCUGGAUCUGUUUUAGAGGACGAGACUCCUCUUAUUCUCAGUGACGAAGAAAUGAACAAGCUGGGGGCCAGGAUUAUAAAAGCAGAAUUGAUGGGAAACAAGGAUUUAGCUGCAAAACUUCAGUCUCGGCUUGAUAAGGCACGCAAGCUAAAAGACAGUGGAGCACAAGCUGAAGCUAAAAAAUCUGAUGAGACAACUGGUUUUCAAGAAGACCACGAAGCGAUCUUGGUCAGAACUGAUAAAUCUGGAAGAGCAUGGCCUGUUAAUAUUCCAGAAGAAACAUUGGAUCAUGUAGGCAGAAGGCGGAAGAAUCAAAUGAUACGUACUCAUGUGGAUAAGGAAAGAGUCCGAUAUUUUCAAGAUGAUGAUAAUUUGGACCUGAAGGAUUUGAUCAGGAAUGAAAAAAUGAGUACAUCAGAGGAUCAAAAUAAGCUUUUCAUGAGAAUGGCAUCAAAGUUUUCAGACAAAACUGAUAGAGAUUAUUACACUCUGGAUGACAUGUUUGUUUCCAAAGCAGCGAAGAGAGAGGAAAGUGGAAAAGCGGACGAAAGGGAGAGAAACCAAGCGAUCCGUGAGCAUCAACGGCUUGCUGCAUGCAUGGAAAAAUGCCCUCAUUGUUUUGGUAGCUCUGAACUUCCUAAACACCUAAUCAUUGCAAUUGGUAACAAGGUGUACUUAUCUGUGCCAAGGUACCAGUCUCUUACCGAAGGUCAUUGCCUGAUCAUUCCUAUGCAGCAUUACACUGCUGCCACACUUCUAGAUGAAGACAUUUGGGAGGAAAUUCAGGUAUUCAGAAAAACCUUGGUAAAGAUGUUUGAAGAUGAAGAACUAGAUUGUGUCUUUUUGGAGACAAAUUUAAGUAUAAGCAAACAAUAUCACAUGGUAUAUGAAUGUAUUCCUCUCCCAAAGGAAGUGGGGGAUAUGGCUCCCAUCUAUUUCAAGAAAGCUAUAAUGGAAUCAGAUGAAGAAUGGGCCAUGAAUAAAAAGCUAAUUAAUCUAGGUUCAAAAGAUGUUCGUAAAUCGGUGCCAAAAGGUUUGCCUUACUUCUGUGUAGAUUUUGGCCUCCAAGGUGGUUUCGCUCAUGUCAUUGAAAAUCAAUUCAAGUUCCCUCAUUACUUCGGAAAGGAAAUAAUUGGUGGCAUGCUAGAUCUGGAACCACGGCUUUGGAGGAAAGGACUACGAGAAAACUUUGAAGACCAGAGGAAGAAAGUGUUGCAUUUUGCUCAGAAGUGGAAAUUGUAUGACUUCACUAAAAGUAAAGAAUGAAAAUAUACUGCAGAUGCUGAUAUUUUCGAUCCUGAAAAGUUAACGAGGCAUCACAAUUUACGAAAAUCCUUUUAUGGAAAAACUGCUGAAAAUAGUAAACAUGUUUUAUAAAGUGAAUACUGGAAGGGAUAAUAAUAUCUUAAGGAAGACAAAAAAUGGAUAGAAGCUAAAAUAUUUGAGUCAUGUAUAAAUCAUGUCCAAUGUACAAUAUGUAGAUAUGUGUUUGAAGAAAAUGUGAAGCCCUUAUUUUAAUGGAUAAUGAGUGUAUCUUGUUAGCAAUAUUCCUGCUGUGUAUUCUUUAAUAUUUCUCUGUUUUACAUUAUAUAUAAGCCUAAUGUACACAAUUGCAGUUUAAAAGAAAACUGAUGUAAUGUAAAUUCUUUUGAAAAUAAUGGUGUAACUUUUGAAUAAAUGUAUCCCAACCCUUAAACACAAAGGAAGACAAUAUUUCUAAAGUACUGUUUCUUAAAAAUGUCAGGGUUACUAAAGAUUUGUGUUUACAUUUG